AGAAAUCUUGCAGUGACAUUUCGGUAGAGUAGAAAAAAGUAUGAUUUAAAUUUCGGAAAUUGUGGCUGUGUAAAGACGGUAGAGAACCUUGAAGAAAUAUCAAAAAAAGAAAAAGAAAGGAAACUUGAGUCCAUCCCCGGUACUAGAUCAAGAUGGUGGAGUUCGCUUUUGAUAUUAAGCACCUCUUUCCGCAACCAAUUAUCCGGGUGCAGGAGCAUAACCUACGACCAAAGGUCACUCAAGCAGGUCGUCCAUAUACCCAUCCAUUUAUCGUCCAGCAACGCAGCAGUAAUGGUCAACUGAUGUCGCCUAGCUCCCAGUUGAGUCAGAUACUGGACGUGAUGGGACGACUGUCAGCGAUUGCCCAGGAUUUGCGCCAACCGGUGACCAUUGCCGAGAAGUUAACAUCCGAUCAGGUGGUCUAUCUAAUGGCUGAUAAUAUUUCAGGAAGAUGGGCAGUCUCCGGUCUGCUUAAGGUGGGCACCAAGAACCUGUUCGUAUUCGACAGGGACGGUGCCUGUCGUCGUGCCAAUAAUACACCGGCCAUUCUCGAUUUCUACAUCCAUGAGUCCCGCCAGCGUCGGGGUUUUGGCAAGCAACUCUUUCAGCGCAUGCUUGAGGAUCAGGGUUGGAAAGCUCGCAAGUGCUCCGUGGACCGGCCAUCUGAGAAGCUGCUAGCCUUCUUGGGCAAACACUAUGGCCUGCUGCGUCCCAUUCCGCAGGGCAAUAACUUUGUGAUCUACGAUGGCUUCUUUGAGGAUCCGAAUGCGAAGGCCUCUCCCAAGGCCAUAGACAAAGAGCGCAGCAAAAGCAGAAGUGACGCUCUACGAAAGCCGGUGAUGGACAGCCAAAGGCCAGGGCUAGUAUAUGGAUCAGGGCUAGCAUAUGGAUCAGGGCAAGGACAUGGAUCAGGGCAAGGACUUGGAUCAGGGCAAGGACAUGUAUCAGGGCAAGGACAUGGACCAAGGCAAGGUCAUGGAUCAGGGCUAAGACAUGGACCAGGGCUAGCAUAUGGAUCAGGGCUAGGACAUGAACCAAGGCAAGGACAUGAACCAAGGCAAGGUCAUGUAUCAGGGCAAGGACAUGGAUCAGGGCUAGGACAUGGAUCAGGGCAAAGACAUGGACAUGGACAAGGGCUAGUAUAUGGAUCAGGGCAAGGACAUGGAUCAGGGCAAGGUCAUGGACCAAGGCAAGGUCAUGGAUCAGGGCAAGAACAUGAACCAGGGCAAGGAUAUGGGUCACUAGAGCAACAAUCAGCCAACAGGACAUUCACCAAACUGAGUCCCAAACAACAAAAAGACAUUCUCAGCCAGGGAACGAGCCGACGAUCAUCAAUGCCCUCACCCAGCUGGAAUGGACCACGUGAAGUCGGCAAUACUAACGGGCUAUAAGUAGAGAUCAGAAAAAAAAAAAACUGCAUUCCAAAUGACAUUAACUCGUUUCCCAUUUCGAAGGAGAUGACUCAACACACGAAAAUUCCUGAGUUUUUAUCGUUAGAAACUUUUUAAAGUUUUUCCUAACUUCCUUUCCUUUUUAAUGCAAACAUGAAAAAUAUUGACUUAAUACUGCGCUUUUCACGGCUUAACUAAAUAAAUUCCAUUCUGUAUAUCCACAUU